CGUCAGAAAGACAGUAUGGCCGGACAGCAUCGGCUGUCUGCAUUGUAACGUACAGAAACGCUUUCUGGGGGUUCGACGGGAUAUUUUAAAGGAAAUAUGUCAGAUUAUUUAAGAUCCGCUCUGGGAUACUUGAACGGAGCCACAAAUACCAAUGAAUACGUCGGACAAAUACUGGAAAUCAACAAUGUGAAAUUACGUGUGACCAGAUUACUCGCCGAGGGUGGUUGGGCUUUGGUAUUUGCAGUUGAAGACAUAAAUACAGGGAAAGAGUAUGCACUUAAGAGGCUUAUAGCAGUUGAUGAAGAUGCUAACAGAAGUAUUAUGCAGGAGAUAGAGAUUUUGCAAAAACUAUCUGGCCACCCAAAUAUAAUUCAGUAUCUCUAUGCUCAGCGUUUCGAACGCGAGGAUCGUCAAGGAUACGAGUAUUUAUUAGUAACGGAAUUAUGUCCUGGAGGUACAGUCGCAGAUACGCUCAGAAAUUUAUCGACGAAUUCUCUGACUCUCGCCCAGAUCUGUAAAAUAGCCUACCAGGCUACAAGGGCUGUGCACCAUAUGCACAGUCAGCAACCUGAACCACUAGUACACAGGGACAUAAAAUUAGAGAAUUUUCUAAUCGGGAGCGAUGGUCUGAUCAAGCUCUGCGAUUUUGGUAGCACUUCCAAUCAGCAAAUCUUGCCAAAUCCAUCUUGGAAUGCUCAAAAACGCGCCACUUUGGAGGAUCAGAUGGCGAAAUAUACUACACCCAUGUAUCGAGCUCCAGAGAUGAUGGAUACAUGGAACAAUGAGCCUAUUGGUCCUCCAGUUGAUUGUUGGGCGCUUGGAUGUAUAAUAUACUCUCUAAUAACACUAAGGCAUCCAUUUCCUGAAGGUAACAAGCUCGCAAUAGUUAAUGGCAAGUACACUUCACUUCCGCCUAAUCCUCGUUUAGCCUGUUUACACGACAUAGUAAAAGGAUGUCUCGAUGUGUCUCCGAUACGAAGGCUGACUACAUCAAUGAUUUUGGAGCGGUUAGCAGCGAUAGCCGAGUCAAACAAUUUUGAUCCUAGAGAACCCCCGAAAGUGGAAGUUUCAGUGAAGACUCCACCGCCUCCCAGACCUACUCAACCACCUAGCACACCCACUCCGCCACCGAGACCAUCUCCUCCGGUAAACGUACUACCUCCAAAGUCUACUCCAGCGACUCAAACUGCAGUCGCCAAGAUCCCCGUAGCUCAACCGACAGGCCUAUUUAGCUCAUUGAAAGGCGGUGCUGGCAGCAUUUUGCGAAACUUGAAGGAUACUUCGAGCAAAGUGAUGUACUCUAUGCAACAGAGCAUGGCCAGAACUGAAUUAGAUGCCAGUUACUUAACGUCGCGUAUAUUAAUCAUGCCCUAUCCAGCAGAUGGAAUAGAGUCUGCCUAUAGAGCUAACCAUGUGGAAGAUGUAAGAGCAUUUUUACAAGCUCGACAUCCUCCGCCAGCUCGUAUACAAUUGUAUAAUUUAUCUCGGGGUCGACCAAACGUGUCUAGACUUCCUGGUAGACAUAUCGACUGUUCUUUCGCCUAUGCUUCCUCGGAUUCUAAUGCCCCGCUGUUGUCAGCUCUCUAUCAGAUAUGUCAGGAUAUUUAUCGAUACCUGAAUGCCGAUUUUAAUCACAUCGUAGUGUUGUAUUGCAGUGAUGGAUAUAGAGCCAGCGCCACGAUCGCGUGUACUUUACUAAUAUACGCUAGAGCAUUCUCUACAUCUGAAGAAGCCAUAGCGAUGUUCAUAACAAGGCGACAGCCUCCCCAGCUGCAACCCUCGGAAUUACGCUGUAUUAAUUAUAUGAGUUUGCUGAGUACCGGUGUACAGCCUCAUACAAAGCCUCUAGCCCUUUGUUCCUUAAUAAUUAAGCCUGUUCCACUAUUUACUAGGGCAAAAGAUGGUUGUAGACCUUAUGUUGAUAUUUAUAGCAACGGAGCUUUAGUAUUUUCCACUAAGCGACCAGAAUACGAGGACAUAAAACUGUUUGGAAUGAUGAAGGGAAAGGUUCAGUUGGCACUUGGCAAUGCUACCGUUAGAGGAGAUGUUACUUUAGUCAUAUUCCACGCCAGGCAGCAGCUGGGUCGAAUGAUAGGAAUUAAAAUUGCCUCUGUUCAUUUUCAUACUGGUUACAUACCGCUUAGUGAAUCUGCUUUAACGUUCAAGAAGAAGGAUCUCGAUGAUGCGCCUGAAAUAGGCGGGAAUUUCAGUGUUAUUUUAAAUAUCAUGAUGGCUGAGGAGAAUCCAAAGAUGGCAAGAGUUCCAGCUCCUUGGGAAGCGGAAAUGUCCUCGAAAUUGGAACCAGAUCCAUUAUUCGGAUCUACUUUGGAAAUGGAAGAAACUUUAGAGAGCUUUAGAAUCUCUAAACCAGAAGAGAUUCAGAGAGAAGUAACGACUCCGCAACCAGUCGAAGCACAAAGCAACGUUAAUGUACAACAAGAAGUACCUCAACAGCCAGUAGAGGACAUAGAAGAGCAAAUAAAAGAAGAAAUCAAGUUACAAGAAGCAGAUUUAUUGAACCUAGGAAUGCCAGACACCAGUACCUUGAAUAAUACUGCGCAGGCUACAGUAAACCCGGGAUUAGAUAUUUUUUCUAACUCGUCAAAUUUAACUAGUCAAAAAGAAAGUGAUCUCUUAGGAGGCUUUGGUGAUUUUAUUCAACAAGAAACGAAAAACACCGUGCCCACUAUUACCGAUCCUGUCCAAAACGAUCUACUAUUUGGACACGAUCAGCCUACUACUAAGAAUGACAAUGCUAAUAAUAAUUUGAACAAUUUGUUCUUCAAUCAUAGACAGCCUACUACUAAGCAAAACCUUAACGAUUUAUUUGAUCCACUCGGUGGAAACACUGCGAAUUUUUUAGGAAGUAUGCAAGGUUCUAAACCAAAUAACACGAAGCCUCUAUCCGAGGAAAACUUUCCAAGAAAUUCGAGCGUUCCGAACUUCGCAGCUCAAAACAAGGAUCCCUUCGCGAGUCUUGCUAGCUCCCUGGGAGCUGGAUUAACGUCCAGUUGGAAUGGAACGCCGAGGAACUCUAAUACUCCACAAUCCGCUAGCCCCGCUCCAGCUAGCACACCGAUACACUCUAGCCCCAAUACGCACAGGAACGCAACUAACGAGACCAAUACCGCUGCUGCUGCUGCUGCUGAUACCGGUGCAACAGGCAAUAAAACAAGCAAACCAAGUGGAGAUGCUUUCGAGGAUCUAUUGGGCAGUCAAGGCUACAAUUUCUUCAGUUCGAGGAAAGCAGAGAAAGACAGCCCAAAGACAAUAAAUCAAAUGAGAAAAGUAGAAGCUGCUAAGAAUAUGGAUCCAGAUAGAUUGAAGAUUGCCGAAUGGACAGAAGGAAAGAAGGGUAAUUUAAGAGCCCUUCUUUGCUCGUUACAUACGGUUCUCUGGCCAGAAGCUGACAGAUGGCAACGGUGCGAGAUGCAUCAGUUAGUUUCUGCUGCGGAUGUAAAGAAAGCUUAUAGGAAAGCUUGUUUGGCUGUGCAUCCGGAUAAGCAAGCAGGAACGGCUAACGAGAACAUUGCAAAGUUAAUUUUCAUGGAACUGAACAAUGCUUGGAGUACAUUCGAGAACGAUGCGUCGCAACAAAACCUAUUUAGUUAAUUAUUCCGAUCUGACUGUUAUAUACUUGUUAUGUCCACGAGUUAAGGUAGUUCCUAGCGGAAAGAGAGACCCGAGAAUAUUAUUAAUUAUUAUUAAUUAUUAUUAAUUGUAAGAUAUUGACUAUAUUAUUAUUAUUGGUAAGACAUGACUCUCCGUGUUACAUUCCGACUAAUGUUAUCUCAGCUGUAGCGGAAGAAGAAAAAAGAAGAAGCAAUUAAGGGAUUAUAGUGAAUGCAGAUUUUCGAAAAAGCUGCAUCUAAAUGGCUAACUAUGUACAUGCAUCUUCUUAUCAUAUGAAAAAAGCCUUGUAAGAUCACUUAAAAAAAGGGGAACUGUAUUAGACGUAACUGCGGCAUAACGUGUAUAUGUAUAUAAGGCAAAAUGUAAAUUAAGGAAGAUUCCAAAUAUAUAAAGAUAUUUUCCGGCCGA